CUCGAUGGUUUGACACCUCUAGCUUGUGUUGUUUUGAUUUAAGCCCGGAGUUUACGCGUUUCUCGCCCUUUCUGUCUGUUAAUUAAGCUAUCAGACUAUUUAGCAUUGAUUAUAUAGCCUAUACUAGUGUGUGGCGUCAAUAGCGGGCAAAAUGUUGUACUGCCCGCCGAAUGUGACGCUCAGCGAAGUGUGGACCAAUCAUGGCAUCUCCCACUGCUUCAUGGACACCGUGGGUCCGUCUGUUUACGGCGGAUUUUUACUGCUCUUUGGCUGCAUCCAGCUGCUGAUGUACCGAAAGUAUGCCACACGCAUCACGGAUCCCACACAGAUCUCCAAGUCGCGGCUAUAUGCCUUACAAUUGUUUCUGCUGUUCCUGUUGCCCGUGCUGGCUGUGAUGCGUUUCUUCUUGAAUGCUCGCAUCUAUACUGACAGUGCUGUUUAUGGCUAUAUGAUCUAUUCGACUGCUGUGGUGUGCUUUGCAUAUCCAUUUUGCAUCUGUCUGAUACUCAAGGAGCGUUUCUAUCAACUCCCAUCGGUGCCAACGCGUGGGCAUGGACUUAUACUGCUGCUAUUUUGGACCCUGGCUUUCAUCAAUGAGUCGCUGGCUUUUAUUAACCUGCGACACGAGGAUUGGUGGUUCAAUCUUAAGAGCAACAAGGACCAAAUCGAAAUGGGCCUCUUUGUGACGCGCUUUCUCUGCUCGCUGCUGAUCUUUGUACUGGGUCUGAAAGCCCCUGGCAUUAUGGCGCCCUACCAUCAGCGACUGGUGGACACUGACUCAUCCAGCGAGUCGCAGGCAAACGCACAGACGGGUUCCGCUUUUAGAAAUGGCUGGCGCAAGCUGCGCAAACUGUUUCCCUAUCUGUGGCCCAAGAAGGAUUUGGCACUGCAGAUUGCCGUGUUCAUAUGCAUCAUGAUGCUGCUUGCCGGACGCGUCAUUAAAUUGUUUUUGCCGAUUUAUCGCAAGAAGUUGGUGGACAGCCUGACCAUCGAACCGAUUAUCUUCCGUUGGGACUUUGUGCUGAUCUAUGUGGCCCUGUCGUUCCUCCAAGGUGGCGGCACUGGCACCAUGGGACUGUUCAACAAUCUGCGCACCUUCCUCUGGAUUCGUGUACAACAGUACACGACCCGUGAGAUUGAGAUCGAGCUGUUCCGUCAUCUGCAUCACUUAUCGCUGCGAUGGCACCUGCAGCGCAAGACGGGCGAGGUGCUGCGCGUUAUGGAUCGAGGCACUGACUCUAUAAACAAUCUGCUCAAUUAUAUUGUGUUUUCCAUAACGCCCACAAUUUUGGAUCUGCUGGUGGCUGUGGCCUUCUUCGUCUACGCCUUCAACUGGUGGUUCGGCUUGAUUGUAUUCCUCACAAUGUUCUUGUAUAUAGCCUCCACAAUUGCCAUCACGGAAUGGCGCACGAAAUACCAAAGACGAAUGAAUAUGGCAGACAAUGAGCAGCGUGCACGCAGCGUGGACUCUUUGCUGAACUUUGAGACUGUUAAAUACUACGGAGCGGAGAACUACGAAGUGGAUUGCUAUAGGGAGGCCAUUCUCAAGUACCAGAAGGAGGAGUUCCUGUCGAUGCUCACCCUCAACAUGCUCAACACCGCACAGAACAUAAUACUCUGCCUGGGUCUGCUUGCCGGCUCGCUGCUUUGCGUGUAUUUGGUGGUCCAUCAUCAGACCCUCACCGUGGGUGACUUUGUGCUGUUUUCCACCUACCUAAUGGAGCUGUAUAUGCCUCUGAACUGGUUUGGCACCUACUACCGGGCCAUCCAGAAGAACUUUGUUGACAUGGAGAACAUGUUUGAGCUGCUGCGCGAGGAUGAGGAGAUUAUUGAUGCGCCCGGAUGUGCCCCACUGCUCACAGCAGGCGGUGGCAUUGAGUUCUCAAACGUGACCUUUGGCUACACCCCAGAGAAGAUUGUGCUGCGCAAUGUGAACUUCACGGUGCCCGCCGGCAAGACAGUAGCAAUUGUUGGCCCCUCGGGAGCUGGCAAGAGCACAAUCAUGCGAUUGCUCUUCCGAUUUUACGAUGUGCAGACGGGAGCCAUCACGAUCGAUGGCCAGAACAUAAAACUCGUGCAGCAGCAGAGCCUGCGCAAGGCCAUUGGUGUGGUGCCCCAGGACACGGUGCUGUUCAACAACACCAUUUUCUACAACAUCCAGUACGCCAAGUUGGGCGCCUCUGACGAGGCCGUCUAUGAGGCGGCCCGUGCGGCCGACAUUCACGAGAAGAUUCUCAGCUUCCCCGACCACUACGAGACGAAAGUGGGCGAGCGCGGACUGCGCCUGAGUGGCGGCGAGAAGCAGCGGGUGGCCAUUGCGCGGACCCUGCUCAAGUCACCCAUCAUUGUGCUGUUGGACGAGGCCACCUCCGCUUUGGACACGCACACGGAGCGCAACAUCCAGGCGGCUUUGGCCCGAGUGUGCGCCAAUCGAACGACAAUUAUUGUGGCGCAUCGCCUGUCCACCGUCAUCCAUGCGGAUGAGAUUCUGGUGCUACAGGACGGCAGCAUUGUGGAGCGUGGCAGGCACGAGCAGCUGGUCCAGCGUGACGAUGGCAUCUAUGCGGACAUGUGGCAGCAGCAGCUUAAAAAUCUGGAUGCAGAACAAAAUGCCACGGACAAUGUAGAGGCAGAGAAUGCGGGCUCCGAGAAAUCAAAGCCCGCACGUGAUGCCAGCGGUGGUGCGGGUGCUGGUCCAAGUGGUGGUGCCCACUUUAGGGCAGGACAUGCUCAUGGUGGAGCACGUUAGUCUUAGCUUUAAGUAGUCUCAUUUCUGUUAUUCCUAUAUAUCGCA